AUGAGAGAAGGCCGCACAGAUAUACAAUCUGACCCUGUGCUAUUCAAGGCAUGUGCAAUGGAUGUCAAACGUCACUGUUCAGAUUUACCAUUUGGACGAGGAAUAAUGAAGUGUCUCUUGGAGGCUCACGACUCAAACCGGGCACGCUUUGACAGGGAAUGCCUGGCACACUUGACGAACAGAAUGAAGAUGUGGGAAGUAGCUGCUAGGGUUGCCCCGCCUGAAACCAUCGGUGAUCUUGCUGUUGCUAUCUCCGCUUCGCCAUCCAAGAACUACUUCUUUGUCAUUUUUGCAACUUGCUUAGCUCUUAUUUUUGUUGGCGGACUUGUGUUCGGUCGACUUUCCAAGAGAAUCAAAAGAGAGGUCAAGGAUCGCUGAAGGAGGAACCACAUGAACCUAUAUCACUAACAAACGCCAUGCCACUCCAACAAGAGUAUUGUUUUCUCAUGAAGGACUUCUGGACAUCAGAUUCCUGUACAAAACAGUAGCGUUCACUCCGUUAAGAAUAGUUAGGUCAUUGAUGGAAUCUACCAAUCAAAACUGUCUCAAAAUAAUUGAUUGAACUAUUUUAUCUCUUACACUUUUUCACGCGAAAAACCUUUCACAGUCACGGCCAAUUUUUUUUUUUUUUUUUUUUUUUGCGGAAAAUUUCCAUUGGUUACACAACCUUUAUAGGAUAAAAUGUGUUCUUUUAAUACAUUUGAUUUAUUUUGUACAGUAUCUUCUUUAUACCAGCCAUUAAAUUUCAUUUUUCACUAAAAGUAAGAGAAAGAAGCGCAAAUGUUAGUAGAUUAACCCAGGUGCAAUUCCAAGCAGUGAUGUUGGCGGGGAGUGCGUCUUUAGGUGGAAUGAAAGCUUACUAAAUUAAUAAUGUAGUUUUUGUUGGUUUUACAUGGACUCUUUUUGUAUCAGGAAGCAUGUAAUAAGGAACGCAUAAUGUAGAAUUUCAUUUCAGUUGUUAAGGACUCUCUUCUCAGUGCGAACGAGCCCUACGUUGGUGUCUUGCUGCGUGUAUCGGUGAACCUUCAGAUGAAAGAAGAUAGUGUUGUUGUAAUGAAAGAAAAGGGCUUUGCUGAAGUCUCCUAGAACUGGAUCCAUGGACGGUUUUCUGUUGUAGAAGGGCCGGUACAAGUCCACUGGAAAUAACACUUUAUUAUUUUUUUCUGUUGUUCCUUUCUUACAUUUCUGUCCCGGUGAUUUCUAUAGUCCAUGAAAAAGCUAGCAAUUACUUAACAUAAUGAUGAACCUUAGAAAUAAUAUGAGUGAAUUCAUCAUUGAAUUAAACCAAGGAAGUAAAUGUGUGUUCGAAAGGUCUGUCUUAAACUGCAGUAGUAGUAGUGCUAUUGAAAUCUUUUGCUGCUCUCAGUCUUAAAAACAGAAGUCAAUUAAAACUCCGCGGAGGAGACCUAAUUUUAUGUGUUUGGCGAAAUGCAUAAAUACUGAAUAUUUAUGUUUACGUUGAGGGAAGGGGAGAAUCGCUACAGAGAUUAAGAUACGGAUAACUAAGUUCUGUUCUAUACUCGUGUAAUCAAUUUUCUCGGACAGCCACUUAUCGCCUCUGGUCCAAGUAGUUUGUUGUCGUGUUCAUGUAAGUAGUAAAGAAUUUAUUUCUUAAAACUGGAUUUAAAAAUGUCUGUUUACAAGUGAAUUUAAUUGUUUGUCAAAGUCAAUCUAGAACACUGAGAGCUUUCCCAAUGCCUCUAUCGAAAGAUCACCACCGGAGACCACUGAGUUGACAGGUGUGUCAACCCUGGUCUAUUAUGGGGCAUUUGUUCCGCCCUGAAGUGCUAUCAGACGGCACUUGAUAUAUUUGGGAUUUAAUAAACAAUAUUCUAUGCGAUCCAUUUGUAGUUAGUGUGUGAAAAAUAAAACUCUACUCAGUGGUGUA